AUGCAGACUGCUUCUACAAACAUUUGUGAAAGACUGUGCAAUAAGUCCAUCCAUGAAAUUUCCUUGCUACUAAAUAUUCCACAGUCAACUGUUAGUGGUAUUAUAACAAAGUGGAAGCAACUGGGGACAAUAGCAACUCAGCCACGAAGUGGUAGGCCACAUAAAAAAUGACAGAGCUGGGUCAGCACAUGCUGAAGCGCAUAGUGUGCAAAAGUUGCCAACUGUCUGCAGAGUCAAUAGCUUAAGACCUCCAAAAUUCAUGUGGCAUUCAGAUUAGCACAACAGUGAAUAAAGAGCUUCAUGGAAUGGAUUUCCAUGGCUGUGCAGCAGCAUCCAAGCCUUACAUCACCAAGUGCCAUGCAAAGUCUCAGAUGCAAUGGUGUAAAGCAUGCUACCACUGGACUCUA